GGAGGGUUGCGUGAUAUCACGAAGAGCGCUGGGAAAGGAAAGUUUUUCUUUCUCCUUUUACUACGUCACGUGUGAACGAAAUAAGUUUUAACAACGAGAAUGGGUCCAAUUUGCUGUUUUUCCAUCUUCUCCUUCGGUGUUUUCAAGUAUAUUUUAUCAUAUUAUAGGAAAAAAAUUCACAAUAUUAUGACGUUAGUAGCUCCUUUAAAGUCCUCGUUAUCCUUUAUCAGGUACAGAUUGCUCUUGGUACGGUUCGUGUAAUUGGCCUUUGGCAAAGUUCGACCUUAUUGUUAGGGUGCACUGUACACGUGAUAGUCAAGUGGUUUGCCAAAACAGAAAUACGACAGGCAAGCAUUUCAAGAACUCUUGCGAAAUUGACCAAUAUGCCUUCGAAUCUAUUUCUAAGGAAGUCUCAAUACCCAGUAAACACUAAAAAAAAACACUGUACACGAGUGGUUAGUAACAAGUAAUGCGUAUAAUGCAAAUAAUGCCAGAGGGAAAAUGUGAAUCGAUUAUUAGUUUUAUUCUAGAACAUAAUAUUAGCCUUACUGACCCCUUCAGCAAGUCACUGACUUUUCUAUUGUUGGCUAAUCAACGUACAUUCUCUUCUAUCUGGACGGUCACAUAUACGAAAAGAAUCAUAUUUGUUGCGCGUUACAAAUCGGCAUUUAUCGGAGGACAGCUAUGAGCCCUUGGGGAUGAUUGGAGAAAAAAUCUAAGAAGACGAACCUCGCAUAGUCUCAAUAUCAACAGAUUUUGUAUGGUUUCCUGCCACGUUUUUACAGCCGCAGUUGCUUCGGAGUCUUGAUUUCCUUAGCAUGAAUGGAAACGAAGAUCACACAGAAGAUAUUAGAGACGUUUUCUCAGGAUAUCUCGAAGAGUUAGAUCCCGAUGGACUUCUCCUCUCAAACUUGUAUGAAUGUUUCUCCUCCGACGAGAAAGUCAUGGCGGACGGGUACAUGGAGGGGACAGGGCAGUUAAAUUUUGGAUUUUCAGCAGAUUUUACAGCAAACCUGUCUUUGAAUCCAGGACUGCAAUGCAAUGGAAUCUUGGGCUUUCCUCUAGAAGGACAAGGCACAUCAGUUGGGCACCCAAUUGACAUUCCCAAUUUUGGAGGACAGCACCAAAGCAAGAACUUCCCUAUGACCCCACCAGAUUCUGAUGGACCAGACUCCCCAGAUGUAAACCAAGUUCUGCUGCCUAAUACACCAGGAAAUCAUCACAUUAUGCUAUCAUCAAUUUCCCACUCUGGAGGAAGGCAGCCACAGCAAGGAUGUCCCUUGAGUAGCUCUGAGGAAUUGCCAUUACAGUCUAUCAGCGUCUCUGAGCCAAGAAGGAAGAGGAAGAGAGAUUCAGAGAGUAGUGAAACAUUAACAACAAACAGAAUGUCAUCAUUGAGGCUUAAUUCUUUGAAAUCAGAGCCAGAUGACUACUGCUUGGAUGGUAGUGGCUCAGAUUACCUUGACUCUCCUGAUCCUUUUACCACCACGGCCACACCUGAGCUCGAAAACUACCAAUGCCUAAAGUGGUCGCCCCACAAAACAGAUGAAUGCUGCAGCAUGUUUGAUGACUCUUCCCAAAUGAUUCCUCCACCUCAGUUUAGAGUAGAUGCUGACAAAGGUUUCAAUUACUCUUUUGUGGAUGAAGCUUUUGUUUGUCAAAAGAAAAAUCACCUCCAGAUAACAGCCUUCGUGAACCUUCAAUCUGCCCAAACACCCAAAUAUGUCCAAGGAGAGCAAAAAGAAUUAAGACGAAUUGACAAGUUUCGGCUAUGCAUUUAUGGAAUUAAGAUGGAAUCUAAAGCCAGUCAAAUUGGUGUUGAACAAUCUCAAGCUGACAGAAGCAAGAGACACUAUGAACCACUGCAAUUUGACAUUUCACCAAAAGAACAAACAAAGAUUACAGUUGGAAGACUGCAUUUCAGUGAAACAACAGCAAACAAUAUGAGAAAGAAAGGGAAACCAAAUCCUGAUCAGAGAUACUUCCUGCUUGUUGUUGCUGUGUAUGCUCAUGCCAAAAACAAGGAAUUUUUAGUGUGUGCAAAUGUGUCAGAAAGGAUCAUUGUUAGGGCUUCAAAUCCUGGCCAGUUUGAGAAUGACAUGGAAGUUGUUUGGUCAAGAGGGCAAACGACAGACUCAGUUUACCGAAUGGGUCGUGUUGGAAUCAACACUGACAGGCCAGAGGAAGCAUUAUCAGUUCAUGGGAAUCUAAAGGUCACUGGUCGCCUUGUGCAUCCAUCGGACAUAAGAGUCAAGGAGAGCAUAGAGGAGGUGGAUACCAGAGAGCAACUUAGAACUAUUUCCAGAAUCAAUCUUUACAAAUACCGCUUCAGUCGCGAGUAUUUAGAGCACGCAGGUUUAAGAGCAAGUGACUCUGAGGGGGAGGACACAGGGGUUCUGGCACAGGAAGUAAAAGAAGUCUUACCAGAGGCUGUGAAGGAAUCAGAAGAUGUCAUUUUACCUGAUGGAAAAAUGAUUGAGAGAUUUUUGGUUGUUAAUAAAGAAAGAAUCUUCAUGGAAAAUGUUGGUGCGGUCAAAGAGCUUUGCAAACUGACGGACAAUCUGGAGGUUAGAAUAGACGAGCUGGAAACAAUAAAUCAAAAAUUACAAAGAAAACGCUGUGAUACCGUUAGCACGUUCAGUAGUUUGAGCUUGUCGAGGUGUAGUUCUUUCAGAGCAUCGAUCAGCAGCAAGAAGCCAACUCCAGAACGAAAAAAGAGAUGCCAUCAUCACCAUUACUGCCACUAUCAUCAUCACCACUGCGCAUGUAGGCCUCACGGAGUUGUUCAUGAUGAGCCAGGAUGGUGCUCGCCCAGGUUCAUGCAGAUUGUUGUCGUGUCUCUCAUAUUCGCCGUGGUUCUCUGCGUUGUUGGAAUAACUGUUGUCGUAUCUGUUGGAAAAGGUUCAAUCGAUAAAGACACUAGAAAAGGUUCAAACGGAAAAGACGGAGUCCACGGGGUCAACACGAACAGCACAGAGUCACCCAGUUUGCCAACGAAGAUACCUCCUUUUCCAAACUUUACCUCGAUUACACCAUCUCCGCUUGAAAAUAAGACAGUUUCCUUGACACCACAUUUUAAGAGCUCAACUACGCACGAAAGGAAACGCAGCACAGAGGCUGAAACUUCCCAUACCUUGACUACACACGUCACCUCGACAACACCAAGGCAGACUUCAGUGUCACAUGACAGAAAAUCGCCCGAUACCUCUUCGGCAACUACUCACACGCCCAAGAAUGUCCACGAAACGAGCGAGAGUUACUCUACUCGUAGAAACUCACCAAAAUCGAGGCGAUGCUGUCAACGGAGAAACACUGAUCUACAGGAAAGACUGCUUAGAGACAAACAGGUGUAUUUCGGGAGCCCCACCCAACCCGGGAGUUCGUCCACUGUUCAGUUGCGUGAUCCAGAAGUUCGACUUUUAGAGCGAAAUUACGCCAUCAAGAACGAGAACAGUUCUCAGAAUUCUUCAUAUUACAUUCCAUUCAGCCCCAAUUUACCGCCCCAACUUAUAACUCUUGAGAUCAACUCCUCUGAAACUUCGUUGGUGUUGUUGUGUAACAUGGAUUGCAAUCAAACAGAUGGCUGCAAAGAUAGCACGAAUCCCCCAAUACUUGAUACUGAAAAGAAUCAGAACACAUGGACAACGAGUCACAGAUGGAAGCUUCCUUUUGCUUACUAUUGCCAGAGUACGUUUCAUUUUCGUCUGGUGAAAACGCAAAAUGCCAAUGUUAAUUGUAGCACAGUACUCCUGCCAAGUGGUGCACCAUUUCAGGACUACCAUUUCCAUUUUAUAAGCAAGUGCAGUAGUUAAUGUAACCAGUAGUUAAUGGUAAGCAGUUACGUUGCUUAAAUCUGCCAUUUUCGUUGAAUGCCUACAUGCUAUUUUAUUAUUUUACCGUUCGGGUAUCAAGUUUAUUUGUAGGUUGGGGUCGCUUGGUGUGGUACAGUGUUGUUGCAUAAACUGUUUUUUGUUUAUUUAAUGUUACUUUAUCACUUUGUCAGUAGCACGAUUAUUAGGUUUUUCUGUUGGUUUGGGUCGCUUGAUAUGAUGCAACUUUCUAAUAGCAGCAUUAUUUCUGUAUGAAAACAAUCCCUUUAACCGUGAAAUAACCCUAAAGGGCUUGAAGGGUCAGUUUUUCAAACAAAAUAUAACUUCAAACACGGUUUUUAAAGAAUCUAUGAAUGUAGAAAUUUACCUUUAAAAGUAUAUUGUUCAAAGUAAAUGAAUAUUUUUUUCCGUUUUUAGCUUUAAACCUUUUUAAGCUUGCUAGUCACAAAUGAAAACAACUUUUGAGUCCGUGUAUGCCGAAACUCUGCUGUGUGGGCAUUCAAAUGAAAGCUUUGUGUGGUAGUUCUAGAGGCUCCGCUGUUUUUGGUGCUUAAGAAUAAUUUCUUGAAAAGUCUUCGUAGAUAGGUGUAUAGUUUGGUACCCCUGUAAUGUGUACAAAAAACAACCGGUUUUUGAACUUCGGGAUGUGUUUUUCAUAAUCGGCAAAAGAAACAAAUAAGUCGGCUAAACUAGAUUAUUUUCUUACAUAUCACACUCUAAAAUUUCGAUAAUUUUUCUUAAUUCGAAAGACAAUUGAACCUAAAUGAGUGGUCAGCAAUUGUUGUUAGACACUGUGAUAAAUCUUGGAUAUAUAUCUCCCUCUGUGAAGUUGUAUAUAUUUUUGACGCGACCUUUCAGUCAGAGGCACUAUGCAUUUUAGCAAACUCUUUCGAUUCGCAUGAUUUGUUUCAAAUCUGCAUUUAUAUGUGUUAGUGUUUUAUUGUAUAACCAUACAUUGGUGUCACUUUUUCUAUGAUCGGCUAAAAGCACGGAGGUUUUUCCAGCUGGCACCGUGUUCGUUACGCCAUUCGUACAGACAAAUGAUUUUACACGUGUAAUAGUGACGUCUCACGUUCAGACAUAAGUUUUAAAGCGUGGUUUAUAUAGGACAAUUCUCGCUCGCUUCUUAGAGAGGAUAAUUAAAGCGUUAUAGUGUAAGACUUUGGUAUCAUUUUCCUACCUGUUUACUGAAUAGAUAUUGUAGUCAAACCUUAGAAGUUUCCAAGAAGAUUAGUUACAUGUAUUCAAGGUUACUAUAUAACCAGGUAUUAGGACUAUGUAUGGAUUUGCCCCAAAAUCAUCGAAACAAUUUCCCAUCCGGGAUUCUCCUAUGCAAGAUAGAAACCGCUCGCAUUUUGCAAGCCUCCUUUGUUAACCUGGCACUUAAUCUUGUAGUAACUUACUAGGAAAAUUCAUUGUUUCAAUUUACGAUGUUUUUAUCCUAGACACAACAGUUUUUCAUUCGUAUCCCAAUAUAUCAUUCGUACAGUAAAUUAUAUAGCAGCAAUGUUACGAAAUUUAUCGAAAUUUUAUGAUUAAUCUACGUAACGAAAGAAUGGCGGUUUUAUUGAUUAAGCACAAACCAAGGAGUUCAAAAGCAAACCAAAGGCAUUUUGUAAGUCAUUGUUGUCAGUCAAAUUUAACAUAUCAAGUGAUAUCACUGGUGUUUGGUCACCCAUUCCCAGAGUUCCUCGCGGCGAGGAUAUAUUUUGUGAUAGUUUUUGUCCCAUGGAACAUCGAACAAUUUCUAAAAUAACACAACAAGUUAACAAGCAUUUGAACUUCGUGGUUCUCAUAAUUUUAUAAACGGCCUGAAAAUUUCUAUCGUAAAAAAUAAUUCAUCAAUUAAUCAAAGAAGCAUCCAUUGCUUGGCCCAGUACCUGCUCGUUUCUAUUUUGAGCAAGGGGCCUGAUUUAGCUUUGGUGUAGGAUUUCAUAAAACUGUCUCCAGUUAAUGUCUCAAAAUUCCACUUUUGUUCAACAUGCGUUCAUUGCUUUUUCCAAGUGGAAUUUUAAUGCAAUCAAAUGGUCCGUCUAAGUGAAUAUUAUGUCGAUACACCAGAUAUAUGGUAAAUUUUAUACGCGUUAUAAAUUGAGUGGAGAAAAAAAUUGAAAGUCAGACAUUAACAGUAAAUAAAUUGCAUCAGAAACGUCAAUUUGAAUUAAGUAACAUAGAAUUGUACAGAACGAAUUUUACAAAUAAAUUAUGAUUCAUGAAUUUUAACAAGA